UGUCAAAGCCCAUUGAUAAACUUGAGUUUACAUUUUUUAAAUGCCUUAAAAAUUAUGUAAAACUGUUAAUAAUUCAUAAGUUUAUUGUUACUCAUUAAUAUUUAACAUCAGUAUUGUGUAACAAACGUUAACAUAGCCUUUGACCGACAAUUAUAUGACAAUAACAACUUAAUAAAAUUUUUAAAACCUUGAGCAGACAUGGGUCCAACUAUCCCAGCCGUAACUAAGCUAACUAAUAGUGUAAUUAGAAUUCUAGGAUGUAAUCCAGGCCCUAUGACUCUACAAGGCACUAAUACAUACUUAAUAGGCACUGGUAAAAAUCGAAUCUUGGUAGAUACAGGUGAUAAAAAUGUACAAGACUACCAGAACCACUUGGCUCAGGUUGUGAAGCAAGAACAAGUGAACAUAGAGCAUAUUAUUGUGACACACUGGCACCAUGAUCAUAUUGGAGGAGUUGAAAAUAUUUAUGGGAAAAUUGCUGCUCAACCAAAAAUAUGGAAACAUCCAAGGAGUCACAAUGAUGAAAAAGAUCAAAUACCACCCAUCAUACCUAUGAACUGGUUAGCAGACGGCCAGGAGUUGAAGGUAGAGGGAGCCACUUUAAAGGUCCAUCACACACCAGGCCAUACUACUGAUCAUGUGGUACUUACACUGCUGGAGGAGAAUAUCCUGUUCAGCGGAGACUGCAUCCUGGGUGAAGGCACCGCUGUGUUUGAAGACUUGUACAGCUACAUGUUGAGUUUGAAGAAAAUAUUAAACUUGGCACCUGAUGUUAUUUAUCCAGGACAUGGGAAUGUUGUUGAUGACCCAAUAACUAAAAUAGAAUACUACAUACAACACAGAAAUGAAAGAGAAAAGCAAAUACUAGAGGUACUCAAACAACAUCAGGAUAAGGCGCUGAAUGAAAUGGAUUUAGUCAAAAUUAUUUAUAAGGAUACUCCGGAGCACUUGUGGCCAGCGGCAGCUUAUAAUGUCAGCCAUCAUUUGAAAAAACUGACAAAAGAACAUAAAGUAAAUUGUGUAACUGUUGAUGAUGAAAACAGGUGGCAAUACGCUGGGAACAUGGAAAGUAAUCUAUAAGGAUUUUUAUUAUUACCGUAGAACAAGGUGAAUAGUAUUCGAAGAGUGAAUAGAUACAGAAGAGAGGUGAAUAAAUGUUGGGAAAAUGUUCUAACAUCUAUUCACCCCAUUCCUUUGUCUAUUCACCCUAUGAAUUCUAUUCACCGUUUUACAAUAUUUAAUUUUGUUAUGGCAAUACAUAAGUAUUUGUUGGAAGUGGUAUUUUUACAAUUGUUGGCUGUUAUUGUUUUGAUAUUAUUAAAAUAAUUGAAAGUAAA